AUGCGAACAGUCAGCGAGUCUGUUCAGCAACCCUCUCUACUUCGGUUUGUGCUAUGGCUACCAACCUACUCUUUCACAGAUACCCUUUCGAGUAGUACAAGCUAUCUGCACACUUGGCAGUUCCAAUGUGCGUUGUCCCUUGCAAUCAUAUUUCUGACCAUUCGAAUAUUGCGGAGAGUACUGCAGAUCCAAUCAUGGCCUAUAUGGGCAAUAGUUUCAGCAAGGGUGCUGCUGCUUAUCUGGAUUUUAGGACUCAUGAUAAAUAUAGUUUUGAAUGUUGGAUCAUUGCUAAACUCGGGUGGUGGAGUUUGGAAUAUCUUGACUCAGUUUGGGCCAGAUGCACCCUCUGCAUUCGAAUCUGCUACUAAAUCUUCUGAAGCUUCCGCAGCAUUGAUGUACUCGGCAAACGCAUCUACCAACCCCAUGUCAGGACUGCUACCUCCAGUUGGAGCCACAAGUGAAUUUGACUCGGAUGAUUCACCACAAUGGGCCAAAACCUUGGCUGAUUCAUUUUUCCUGGACAUUAUGGUUUACGAAGCCAUAGUUCGCAGCUACAUCAUACUCUAUCCACAUCCUGAUGGCCUGGUUCCAAGCUACCACCGCGGCUCGAUCGAUGGAGAUUUUCUUUGGGCAGCAGUACUAUAUAUGCACUAUGCAAUUGAGCUUCUUCCUUUGAUGCUUCUAAAAUGGCUUCAUAUGGCUACGUUGUUAAGCCACCUAGCUUGCAACAUGGCAGUGGAUAAUGAGCGGCUGGGGAAGAUUUGUGCUAAUGCGCCAAAAGCUGUUCAUUGGAUUAGAAGAAUCCAUCUUGGUUGGAGUAUAGCAGUUGGAUAUGGCGUCCCGUGGUUGAUGUGGGUGCCAGAUAUGCUGGUGCUUGCAGCUGCCGUACUGUUUAAUUUUGGCGUUGGAGUUGGAGUUGCAGUAUCUACUCAUGCUGCACAAAUUAAUUCUCGAGAAGAUGCUCAAAUAGCGGCCAUCAGGACUAAUUUGGCCGGAGCCCAAGCCAUGCAGCAGCGAUCGCUUGUACAAGCAACAAGCCCAGUUUUAGAAAGAAGGCUCCUGGGUGGCAAUUUGGAUCAGGACGAAGCAGAGUCGCUGUACAGAUGGUUUUUAGAUACGAAUCAAAAUAUGCCGACUGAGGAUAUCGACGACUAUAAUGAUCAGCUGUGGCUAUCAGAUGAGGGAGAGGACAAGACUAAUGAUGGUAGUAUAUCAGGAGAACUUGAGGAUGAAGAUGAAGAUGAAAAGGCUAAAAUGAAUGAUAGGAUUUCAGCAGAUGAAAUCGAACAGCUGCUUUCAGAUGCAUAUGCUGGCUCAGAAGUACUACAGCAUAAAGACGCGUUGGAUGAGUCGUAUCUAUGUCCAGGAAGAGUAUUUACUCGACAGAUGCGCCAUGCAGUGUUACACAACGAACCCAACGCUUUAAAUAAGCAAGAUGUAAAUGUUGGGGCUCAAGGCUCACAACUUUGGGGCCAUCGUCGGCGCAGUCUUUCUAGCGGAGUUUCACCGACUCUAAAUCUUACACUAGCUAGUUUAAAAGCAAAUGGAAUGCAAUUUGAGGAAGACGCUUUGAUUUCAAAUCCAUCCUCACCUACAUUUGCGACAUAUAAAAAUGAUCGAGGAUCAGCCACAGUAGUGCCCACACGAUCACAGUCUUUAACUGCAGCAGGCGCCAAAAGAUUUGUCAAAGAAGCUGCAUCUGCAGUAAGAGAUGUAGCAAUGCGAGUAGAGCGUUUCCAUCGGGUGUUGGCAUCGCACGCGCCUGUUGCAAGGAUGGUGGAUCGCAUUCUUUCAUUGCGACAACGCGAAAAUCAACGUAGAAACGAUCAUGGUAUCAAGUGUGUAGUAUGUACGACACGCAUGAGAGAUAUCAUUCUUCAGCCAUGCAAUCACUUGUGCAUAUGCGAAGAUUGUAAAAUAGGUAUGGGACAGCAGAAUAUUGGGCGUUGCCCUGUCUGUUCCAGUCAAGUAACUGGCACAGUCAAAAUCUUUUGGAGUUGA